AUGACAUCGUCUCUGGCGUCGAGGGCUGCUCCCUUCGAGCCAUGGACCAAACGCUCUGCACUGCGAGUUGAAAUCACGUUGAAAGACCAACCUGUGUCUGGCAUCUGCUCAUACACAACCCUUGAUACAAUCGAGGGCGAAGCAACAUUUAUUUCUGAUGUCGACACUCGCUUUGAGCAAAUAUCUAUCACCUUUUUAGGAACUGCACGGACUCUGAUUGAGAGACCGGGGUCUGCAGGCCCGACUGUUGGUCGCUCUACUGCAUUUCACCCGUUUCUGAGGCUCGUCCAGCCGAUAGAUGAGUCUGACUAUCCGCAACCUCGCAUUCUAGAGGCAGGUCGCAGAUAUACGUUCCCCUUCACAUUCGUGGUGCCGGAGAGAUUGCUUCCUCAGUCCUGCGCUCAUAAGACGAAUCAUCCACAAGUGCAAUAUGCGCACACCAACCUGCCGCCCUCAGCUGGUGACCCUAUGCUAGCUGGAGAUGGAAACAUUCUCCUUGACGAUAUGGUGCCUCAGAUGGUUCAGGUCCAGUAUACCAUCAGGGCGAAACUGUUAAAGUACAAUCCUAGCUCCGACACACUUCGCACCGUUAUCGACCAAGGCAAAAAAGUUCGUAUCAUCCCGGCCACUGAUGUUGAGCCGCCACUGGAUGUUUCCGAAAACAGCGUUGAGUACCGCCUCCGAAACGAAAAGUCAGUGAGGAGGGGUGCACUACGAGGCAAACUAGGCCGCAUCGCAAUGGCUGCCGCACAGCCAAAGCCCUUCCACCUCCCUCCUGUCCACCACCCUGGCAGCGAAGACAUUGUAACCUCCGAGGAACAAGAAACGCCCAGCACGAUGGUGAAAGUGCACAUUCGAUUUGAUCCUGCAGAUGAAAACCAAAAACCACCACGUCUCAACACCCUUUGGACAAAGCUGAAGGUGUUUACCUACUUUGCUUCAGAGCCAUGGAAGGACUUCGCAGCCCGCACAAACAUGCCCAACUGGUCUCUCAACCAUGGUAUGUAUGCUGAUACCGUUCCUCUUGCAACCCGCUGUAUCGCCUCAGUGCCAUGGACCAAGCACUCUGGUGAAGCAAACUCUACCUUCUGCUCUCCCGCAUCGUCAACGACCAAUCUUUCCAUCGAAACCCCCUUAUCUUCUGCUCCUACUUCUCGUCGUGGUUCUAUACAGUCCACUGCCUCAAUCGAUUCUUCCCAACCCGGCCCCACGGCUGCGUACGCCGGCAGCACAUACUACACUUGUACCAUCCUUGCACCCAUCACAUUGCCGAAAACUAAGGCUUUUCUGCCUACCUUCCACUCUUGUCUGGCCUCCCGAAUUUAUGCGCUGGACCUGAGUAUCUCUGUCCUCACACCUAAUACCAGUUUGACGGUGCCACAGCUCUCUAUCCGGGUACCGGUACAGAUAGCGGCUGCUGAAAGCCUAGCGGAGGCGGUGGCCCUCCGUGGUGAUAACAUACAGAAUACAGAAUCGUUUUUCACGCCCAGGAGCAUCUCGCCUCCGCCCGCUGAGUACGUUGGACGCGCCUCGUUAGGAAUCCACAGCAGGCAGCGUUCGGGGACUCUAAUGUCUAUUGGAAGUACAAUGACGGCAACUACAGUACGCCCGCCCCCGGAGUACCCUGGCUCGCCUUUUAGUCGACAGAUAUCAAACAGAACUGUUGUGAGCUCUGCGUGCUGA